CCUUGAACUGAGGUUAGCAAUACUCGCGCCACCAAUAUAGCCAACACUGCUUGUAGGUAGUGUAACGAACAUUUCGGUAUUCGGUAAAUUCGCGUACACGGAAUCGUAUGCUGGUGUCAAUAACGCGCCGUCUUUCUAAAUAAAGCUUGUAAAACUCAAGUUCUUUGAAAUAUAUGUAAAUAAAUCAGAAAUCAAGUGAACUUCAGUAUCAGUUGAAGAUAGUUUGAUCAGCUUUUAAAGUUUACAAGAACUAACAAUAAUACAGUGAAACACCGAAUGUUUCUUUUCGUUUCGUUAUGGCCGCUAAAACAGGAGACAAAUAAUCCUCCUUAACCUCAUUUGUGCUUUUGUAAACAAAAUUUCAUAAACUUCUUCAGAUUAGAAAAUAUACUGUUUUUAAUGUGUAAACAAUGAAAAUAACUACCAUUUAUCACAUGUAAGUUUAAAUCAUGAAUAUUAGAAGAAAGGUUUUGACAGAACUUGCUAGACACACAUCUUUUAGUUUCUAAUAUCUGGUACUUAUUUCAAUCCAUCAUGAAUGUGAAACAAGAACGGCAGGAUGAAGCUGAGAUUAGGGAAUUGGCUGCUAAACUUAUGGAGGCCAAUAAGGUAAAAAUGAAUUCACCCCAAAGACAUCAACCACAAUCUCAGAAUAUAAACCUUUUGAAUUUUUUAAGUGGAGGUGACAAAUCUAAGCCUAAAAACAAUACUGGUGCUGAAGAUACCAAAAAUAUUGAUGAAGAGUCUCAGAAGGGUAGGUUUGGAUGGACAAUGAUGGGUAAAAUCCACAUUCCCUAUAUUAUGAGAUCUGGUGAAAAGUAUUGUGCAGUGAGAAUGGUAGAAAUGAAAGUGUUAAAUAAACUGUUAAAUUUUCUACAUCAAGACUUGUACAACUGUACAAAUAUUCGAAGUUAUUAUAUAACUGAAGCUGAGGCUCGUUUAUUAAAUGAAAUAAACUUUAAACAUUGUGACUACCAGUUCGGCCGUGAACAGUUUACAUCCCGGGACUUAAUAGUUAGACUAGUGGACGGUAAUGAGUUUUAUCAGUUCUUAGGACAUUGUUAUGCCAAGUUAAGCAAUAAUGAUACGGAAAAAGUGAAGAACCUGGACCGUUGUGGUUUCAUUCGAAUAAAUAAGGAAUCAGUGGUACCAUACACCUUAUACAAUGAACUAAAAUAUGUACCUCUUUUUUAUUUCGAAGGCGAAACUGACAAUCUUCGCCAGAGAGCAGAUAAAUUAGAAGGCUGGGAUUUAGCCUACUUGAAAUUCUGUUGUAAAGUGCAGGGAAUUAGGAAUGAGUUGUUUGCCCAUGAAACUUGUUCAGUCAUUAGCUUAAAUGAUAUUAAGAAUUAUUUCCCUCCAGGAACAAUUUUUGAGGAUUACUGGCCUAAGAAAAAUCUUGAAUCACAACUUCUUAUUAGUAAAACAUCAAAUCCUACUCAUAAUACGAUUCAGUGGACUCGACAACCUACUGCACCUCCAAAUACACACCCCUCACCAUCUCCAAAGCCAGCUACCCAAGCAAAGGCGCCAAAUAGUCACAUGCACAACAUGCAUAAUAUGUACAAUCCCAACUACACGAUGGCAGGAGGACAACCAUCAUACCAUGGAAGUCAACAACCUAGAACUGCUAGUGGUGCAGUUCGGACCACAUACCCAUCUGCUACAAAUAGAAUGCGCCCAUAUUAUGCUCCACCACCUUUAAUUAGAGCAAAUGCAUCCACGUUGGCGCAAUAUAAUGCUCAAAGCAAGGCAGCAUCUGGAGGCUAUAUGAUCAUAGAACCGAAUGCAACUCAAAACAAUUAUCACCAAGCAUCACAAAGCAGUUACCCCCCACCUCCUCUUCUACACAUGAACGGAGGAUUGCCUAGGAGUGGUUUGGAAAAUGAACAUUUUAAUACUCCCAGUACAUCGUCGGGAGUUGGUGAAAAUGGCCUUCACCAGAGAUGUUCUCCGACGUAUCAGGAUAAAGAUGGUACUCCGAAUGGUGAAUACUAUCAAGACCUUCAGAAUAACUACGGUGUAAAUAGUACUUCAACCCAAAUGGUGAACCAACAACCCGCGCACCAAUCAUCUCGGACCCCAGUAGCCCAUUCAGCGGAACAAAGGGAAGCCCUUACAAAUGGCAGGUCCAUAAAUAGGAACAAUAGUGGUAAACCUAUCCAAUUAUCGGAUGCUCCUACAGCCGGUACUAAUAACAUUCCAUACAAGGUCCAAAAGGCUUUAGUUGAGGGGAAGAUGAUUCCGUGUAUUAACAUGAAGCCCAACAUAUGGACGGAUAUGUUAGUGUCACUGCCAGACCUAAUUACUAACUUUUUCAACAAUGUCCCUGUACAGUCAUGCCAACAGGUCUUACAAGUUCUAGGAAUUGACGUUUACAAAGCAAAUUCUUCACAGAUGCGGUUGCUGGUAGACAGUGGCAUGUGUAUAAACUCGAGUGAGAAUGUACUGUUAGUGCAAGUUAGGAAUGUAAUUGACUUCAUGCCUCAACUGAAAUACAUGCUAAGUGGAAUGUUAUCUUCGGAGGUAGCGUCAAAAAGACAGAGGAAUAGCUAGGAAUGGCUGUCCUGGUGUGGGAACUACGGCCACAUUGAGUUUUACAACUAUUAGUGAAGUGAUUUGGGUUCUUAUUAAAAUGCGAUAGUGUUUUGUAUCAAAUUGUUCCUACAUUGUAAUAUAGUAAUAAUACGAAACUAUUAAAAGUGAAACAUUACGUGAAUAACGUAUUUAGGUGUAAUGUUUUAUUUUUUUAUGUUAUAAUGUACAUUUUUUCUUCAAACAUUUGUGAACUUUUUUAAAACAUUUCAAACAGAUAUUUUAACUCGUUUUCACUUACUUUGCCACUAAAAUGUAUAAAACCCAUUAUACAUAAACUACGUUUGACAAAAUUAGAAUAUUUUUCCAUUAUUGCCUAUGCCUUUUACACAAAAACUAUCUUAUGUAAGAAAAGAGACUAUGAAUUGGCUAGAAAAUUUUAAAAAUUGUUCCAACCAUGCAGCAGAAAGUUUGGCAUGUUUUACUUGACGAGAAAAUUGAGGUAUUUUAAAAGUAUCCAUCAUGAACAACUGUGCCUGUAUGAGAUUUUCGGGUAAACUAAUUGUAACAAUAAUAGGUAGUUGAAGUAUAGAGCUGACUCUGUUAAUUUCUUUAUAUUGUUCUGAAGCUAUUUUCUCGUGGCAUCGUAAUGCAAUUUACUCUUUUUUGUUGGGAAUAAGCCACAUUUUUACUUUGAAAUUACUUAAAUUUUUUUUCAGUAACGUUUUUUAUUAAAUUUACUAAAGUAAUACAUGACAAAGUUCUCGAACACAGCAAUAUUUUACACAAGACUUUUCUAACAAUUUGAAAAAUUAAGUGUGGGUACCAAUAUAAUAUUGGGUAAUAAAAGGUUCUUAUUAUUUACAAUCUGAGUAAAGAUGGAAGUGAAUUAAAAGACAAUUUAUGUUUCAUUUCGAUUCAGAGGCAAGACAUAAUCUACACACAGCUGCUGUUUCUGUUAUGAACUUCAUCAGUGCAGAUGCUUGCCCGCCUCUGAAUCACCCACCCGAAACGAAAUUAUCUUUUUAAUUGUUUUUUUUUGUUUCGUUUUGAUUCAGAGGCGGGCAAACAUCUGCACUGAUGAAGUUCAUAACAGAAACAGCAGCUGUGUGUAGAUUAUGCCUUGCCUCUAAAUAGAAAUGAAACAGAAAUUAUCUUUGAAUUCACUUCUAUCUUUACUCAGAUUGUGAGUACUAGGAACUUUUUCUCGUACCUUUUCCUAGACGAAUAACAACGGAAUGUGAUUGCAUAUUGUAGAAUCCUUUCCGUUUUCUAUACCCGUCGUCUCUAUGCCUUGUAAAUUGUGGAAGGCAGAUAUUUACGAUGUUAACAGAGAAAGGUUCUAAUAAGGAAAGUUUUCAAAUUUAAGUAUUCUGUAGUGGAUUCUCUCAUAGUGGAUUUCAAUCUAUUUUUGAAAUUCCCCUUAAAAAAGACAAUUUCGAUUCGUUUUGAUUCAGAGGCGGGAAAGCAUCUGCACUGAUGAAGUUCGUAACAGAAACAGCAGCUUUCUAUAGAUUAUGCCUUGCCUCUGAAUCGAAAUGAAACAUAAAUUGUCUUUUAAUUCACUUUAAUUCAAAAAACGUGUAUUUUUUCCUGCGUAACUUCAUAAAAACUAUUAUAUUUUGAACUGUCCAAGUUGUUAACAAUAAUGUUGAGAUUUGUUGGUGCAACGAGGAUGAGGAUAUCCUCAUUAAUUGUUCUCUUAUGGUUUUAAUGCUACUUAUUUCGUGCUUAAUCUAUUUUUUACAUACAGUUUAGUAAAAGGCACUGUUGUAUACGUAAUGUAUUUCAAAAUUUAUUUUUAACUUGGAAAAAAUGUAAGCAUCUUGAAUUGGACACUGCAUUUUAGAUAGGAUUAGAACUUGUUACAGACUCACAACCAUGAUGUUUUGUAAAUAUGUUUCAUCCGUUCUUUAUUUCUUACCAAUAGAGUUUGUAUCUUGUAAAUAUAUAUAGUGUUUUGAUAUUAAAUAUAUCUGUACAAGUCAAGUUUUGUGAGUCGUUUAUAUUUUUUAAAUUAUUUUAAAAAUGUGAGUGAUAUUCUGGUGUUCAACAAUUAGUUUGCUUUGAUAGUCUAUUUGAAAAGUGGCAUUUCCAAGUGUUCAUUUAAACUUAAAAUAUCUGUAUGUAUCCCUUACUGUUAUUAUUUAUUUUCAAAUAAUAUAUAAGGUUAUAGCUAGUUAUAUGAAUGUGAAAUGUCCAGGGUAGGGAAUUAACAUAGAUAUCCUGAUAUGCAGAUUUAAAUAUCAAAAUGUAGAUUGUCAUUUUUCUGUUUCAUUUAGUUAUGUACAUUUUUUGAGAUUUCCGUUGUAAGAUCUGAUAAAAUAGAAUCCAAACUUGUCAAAAAUCUUAUGUUUGUAUAAAGCCAGGCAACAACACAAAAAAAUGGAAAAUUAGAAAAACUGCAAUUAGCAGUUGUUACAGUGCAAUAUCAAUAAUUUUAUUUACAUGUAACAUGGGUAUAGGGAAUGUAAGGGCAUUACGGUAUUAAAAUAACAGGUCCUAAAAUAAUAAACCUAAGUUUAGUAGGUACUGUCGAUGUUUCGGGGUAAUAUGUUUCUGAAAUCAUGUGCUUCGUUUUUCACUGAAUAUUUUAUACAUGAAAAUAAUCCACAGUGAAUUGUAAUACAUUUUUUGUUUUUCUGCCACCAAUCAGGAAAUUGUUUUAAAAAAAUUCAUCCCUAGAAGUGGAAACAUGGCUGAUGCCUUAAAGACUGAGACAAAGUAGGUCUGAAAUGUCAAGUUUCAUGUACUGCUAGUCGAAAACAACAUUUUUAGAUUAAAUCAAUUAUGUAUUUACAAUUGAUUUAAAGAAUUUUUUUGAAAACCAUUUUCUGGAUUCUGGACAGUUAAAGCAGGACAUAUCCUGUGUGCUAAAAUAAUUUGGACCAUUUUUUAUUUACAUUUCACCUUACAGGGACCCUCCCUAUUACCGCGUGCUUGUAUUAAUAACUGAUGUAGAAUAGCUUUUGUGAAUACUCUUGUUAUUGUUAGAAUGAUUGGUACUAAAAGAACUUAAUACAGCAAAAGUUAAAUUUAAAAUUAAGGUAACUACAGAUGCAGUUCAACAUUUUUAAAAUUCGGAAAAAUGCAACGUGUCCCUGCUCUUUUUUUAUUUAUAAGUUUAUUUCGAAACUUACUCAAAUAAAUGUAAAAAUAUUACCUAUAUACUUUUUGGUGAUUGUUGCUUGGUUUGUCCUGAAUUAGUUCUUAAUUCUCCUGCCUGUGAUAUGCGCAGAACUACAAAUCAGUAUUUAAACGACCAUUGGACCUUAAUCAAUGUAAGAUUCAAUAAUAUAUUAGCAUUUUAUGAUCAGAAUUACCAACACUUAACACAGUGUUAUCAUUUAGCCUUUAGAGAUAUUUUAUUAAACUUAUCAGAUUCAUAUCUCUUGUGAUGUGGGUAUAGUAAGUUUUGUUUUUUAACAAAAUAUUUAUUUUUGAAUUUGGCUUAAAAUUUGAUUUAAAAAUUUGACUUUUGAACGAGUUUAUAGUAAAUAGUAUGAAGUUUAUAGUGUGAGAUUAUUUAGUUAUAUUUUAUUUUUGUUAAAAAGCUUUGACAUGUUUUAUUAAGAUCUCUGAGUUUUUUUUUCCUUUAUAUUUUUUUUUUGUUGAACAGCUUAAAGACAUGUUUUAUUAAGAUCUCUAAAUAUUCUAGAUUUUUCUUUUUCCUUUAUAUUUUAUUCCCUUUUAUAGAGUUUGACUUAAAAUCUAAACUUUUAAGAUCUGGAAGUAUUUUAGUAGGAGAACUGUUCAAGAGGAGGUUCAUAUUCAAUAUUACACAGAUUUUUUAAUUUUUGUAAUGUUUAUAUAUGAAAAAUAAAUAAUACUAAAUAUAAAAAAUAAUGUUAAUUCUUAUCUUGCUAUUAAAUUAAUAAACUUAAUGCUGUAGAUACAUUACAUAAUAUACUUUAUUAAUAAAUGCAUAUUUUCACUGAAAAUGAUGUAACUCUCAAAAAAUUGUAUAUUUAUUUUAUUUAUUAUUUUUUAGAGAUCUUUAUUUGACAGUUCUAGUGUAACUUUUUAAUUUUGUGCUCUUGUAUAAUUUUCCUUAGUUCAUUUGAAUUAGUUUGUUCAGAAUUAUCACGAAUAUAAUAUUUCAUUAAUAUUCAUAUUCCUUAUAGCAAAUUAUGCUUCUUAUCACUUUCCUAUUAGGUUAAGAGAUCGAAGCUAGCAAUUGAGCUAUAUUUCUUCAUUGUUCUUCUUGUUUACUUUAUCGAUAUUAUAAUUUCUCACUAUUUACUCUUAUAUACAUAUAAAAUAAUUUAACUUAUUUGGUUCAGUAAUGUCCUACCCGGAUAUUUCUGAACAAUAUAAUAAUAAUAAAAUAAAUAAAUAAAUAAUAAAAUAAUAUAAUAAUAAAUAUAAUAAAAUAAUAAAUAAAUAAUAUAAUAAAAGCCGGGUCAACACGUCAAUUUUUUAAAGGAUUUGUACAUUUUCUAUUCAAAAAUAUAAAUAUACAGGAUGAUUCAUGUAAUACUAGUACUGUCGGCACUUUUUUCUCCACUUUUUGUUAAAAUUUUCUCCACUUUUAUGUUUGCAAUAAUUUUCUUUAACUUUAUGUUUUUAAUUGUUUUGUCGUUCUUGUAUCUAUCUCUUUUCAUGUUUUUCUAUAAAAUUUUUUGAUGGCGAAGGUGUAACGAUUUCAGACUUGUGUAAAGACUUCUUUCCCUUUUGCUGUCCUUAUCAUUCCAGCUUUUGAAAGUGAUAAAACAGGAUUAAUACUUUAUGAAACAUACACUGUGGGCCAAAAUUAACCGGUCACCUUAAAAAUGGGUCAUUUUUGAUGUCUUAUAUCUCCUAAACCUGUUGUCCGAUUUAAGUGAUUUUUUUAAUAUGUUAUAGCAUUAUUCUUUGACAAUAUCGAUAUAAUAAUAUUGUUUCUAAACAGAUAAAUUUUCAUUGUAUACCGGGUGUACGAAUCAAACUGUUUUUUUUUCUAAAGUUUGCAUCACCCUGUGGAAUGUUCUAGCAUUUGUAGAAUACGGAAAUUAAAACCUAACUAUAGCCUCAUGCUGUCUCAACAUUUUGUUGUUUGAUUGAUUCGCUUAUGUUGGAUAAUAAAAAAGUUAGGUGUUUUAACAACUAGACAUUUUUUUUUAUCAAUACAGGGUGUUUUUAAAAAUGUUUGGCAAAGAUUAAGGGGUUAUUCUGCAUGAAAAAAUAAUAACAGUUUACUUUAUAAACUUAUAUCCGCAAAUGCUUAGAGUCCGAGAUAGGGGGUGUUGAAAUUUUUCUGACAAACUGACGAUUUAUUUAUUGCUUUAAAACCGGUUGAGAUAUGCAAAUGCAAUUUGGUAGGUUUUAUGACAUAGUUAUUGCAUAUUUUUUGACAUACAAUUAAGACAUUAAUAUUCACCAUUGGCGCGCAUACGGGUAAUAUGAACCAUCAUAUUACCCGUAUGCGCGCCAAUGGUGAAUAUUAAAUGCUUAAUUUUAUGCCAAAAAAUGUGCAAUAACUACAUACUAAAACCCACCAAAUUUCAUGUGCAUGUCUCAACCGGUUUUAAAGUAAUAAAUAAAUCGUCAGUUUGUCAGAAAAAUUUCAACACCCCCUAUCUCGGAAACGAAGCAUUUGCGGACAUAAGUUUAUAAAGCAAACUUUCAUUAUUUUUUUCAUGCAUGAUUACCCCUUACACUUUGCCAAAAAUUUUUAAAAACACCCUGUAUUGAUAAAAAACAUGUCUAGUUGUUAAAGCACCUAACUUUUAUUAUCCAACAUAAGCGAAUGAAUAAAAAAACAGAAUGUUAAGAAAACCGGAGGCUAUAGUUAGGUUUUAAUUUCACUAUUCUAUAAAUGCUAGAAUAUUCCACAGGGUGAUGCAAACUUUAAGAAAAAAACACAGUUUGAUUCGUACACCCGGUAUAUAAUGAAAAUUUACAUGUUUAGCAACAAUAUUACUAUAGCGAUAUUGUCAAGGAAUAAGGCUAUAACAUAUUAAAAAAAUCACUUAAAUCGGACAACAGGUUUAGGAGACAUAAGACAUCAAAAAUGACCCAUUUUUAAGGUGGCGGGUUAAUUUUGGCCCAGGUGUAUUUUAAAGAUAAUAUGAUUCAUCCAUUCUUGGAGAAAAAUUAACCCAUAGCGCCAUUGAUGCGAAAACGCAACAUUUUGAAAAUAAUUUUUUAUGACUAAAUAUUGUUUUUUUUUAUAAAAUUUUUUAUGUUUUAAUGGAUAAAGGUUUAAUGAUAUAGAUAUAUGUUUUAUAGAACAAAUAUAUUUAAUUGUUUAUAAUGUAUAAGAUUUCAUGACUAUAUAAUCUAAAAUUUUCACUUUGCUUAUAAUAGUUUAUAUGAUUUUUAUAAAGUAUAAACUACAUGUUUAGCAAUAACCAAACAAAAAAAUAAAAAAAAAUUUAUCAAGAAAAAGUUACAUGCAUUCAAACUUUUAUUGUUGCCUUUUCGCAUCAAUGGCGGAAUCUGUUAAGAAAUUAAUGAAAUACACUUUUAUGGAUUGUGAGAUUUAUUUCAAAAUUUAAAGUACAAAAAUAGUAAAACUAAAUAAAAUAUUUCUAAAAAACUAUAAAACUUAAUAUUACAAUUUAUGGAAGCUGUCAAAACAUGCAGAGUGUAAAUGUACAUUGCACUUUUGACACAUAUAAAAUGGUUUGGCUUUUACAUUGGCUGCAUCUUGUUCUUGAUUUUUCAGGGUGCCAUGUUAAGAUGAAUGUGGUUCACUUCAUGUGGGUCACUUCUCAUUGCUUUCGGUAAUUCUGAAUUUGUUGGCCUUCGUUGUCCUUUGGAUUUAGAAGCCCUGAAGCCAGAACCUUCGCUGACUAAGAAUGAGUUACAUUCUUCUGAUUUUAUUAGCGCCAUAAUAAUAUAAGAGCGAAACUGUAAUUGCGAUAUUGUAGAGAUAUCUGCCAAUUUGUGCUGGAGGUGUUCGUGUUGAUCUACACAACACAACACAACGGCAUAGCCAAUUAUCGUAUAAGAGUAAGAGAAAAGAGGUGGUGGUAGCCUCUGUUUAUAAAUAUGUACUAUAGACAGUACAAUCGUCAAUGCACGGACAAUUUUCAUAAAUUGGCAAAUGACUAAAAUAUCGCAAUUACAAUUUCGUCCUCACAUUGUUAUGGCGCUAAUAUCAGAAGAUUGUAAUUCAUUCUCGCCAGCGAAGAUGGGGGUACAACAGUUCCUAAAUACAAAGGACGGGAAAGGCCAACAAAUUCAGAAUUACCGAAAGAAAUGAGAACUGACAAAGUGAACCACAUUCGUCGUAAUAUGGCCCCCCGAAAAGUCAAGAAGAAGAUACAGACAAUGUAAAAGCUAAACCAUUUAUACAAGGUGGUCCAGAAUUAUGUACAUUAAUUUCUAGAGCUCAUAGUACGUCCAAAAAUAAGGGUACUUCUUUAUGUACACUUUUUUAUAAAACUGAAUAAUAAGGGAGAUACAACCCUUUAAAGGGGUGAAUUGAAAUUCUUAUUUUUUCAAAUAUCUUCCAAACGGUUUUGAAUACGGAGUUCAUAUUUUGGGAGUGAUUAUAAGACAUUAGGAUAAUUAAUUUCACGUCACCACCUACCACAUCCUAUAUUAAUACAGGGUAGUUUUGGAGGGUAAGUGGGGGUUAUUGCCUCACAUGUUUUUUAAUUUGUACAUAUUUUAAAAAAAUAUUUUAAAAAUUGUUUCCUUAGACUUUUCUACGCAAAAAAGGUGCUCUUGUAAUAUUUCGAUAGAUAUCACCGUUUUCGAUUUAUUUAAACUCGAAGGUAUACAUGUAUUUUAUUGUAAUCGUUACAUUUCUUAAUAUUCAUCAAGUAUGCUUUGGAAUUGACACUUGUGUUAGCAAUAAUAUUACAAAUUAAUGGAAAACUUAAUUAAUACUUAACAUUUAAUUAAUGGCGAUAAUAAUAUUUCACAACAACUGUUCAAAAUGUCCUCCAUUUUGUUGAAUACAUAAUCUAAUUCUUUUAUUUAGCGAACGCAUUAAUCCAUUUAAUGUUACUGCAUCGUUUUGUAAAUCGGUAAAUACUUGUUCAAUUUUGUCUCUUAACUCAUUUACUGUAUUAAUUGGAGUGUUAUACACUUUUGAUUUCAAAUAACUCCAUACUGUAAAGUCCAUUGGAUUAAGAUCACAACUACGAGCAGGCCAAUGAAUCGGUGCAUCCGCACCCCGGCCUAUCCACCUAUCAGGGAAAUGUUCAUGUAAACACCUUCUACAAAUUCUUCGUAUUUGUAAUGGAAUAUUUUCCAAAAUAUCAUGUAAAAUAUUGUCUAGAAAAUUGUAAUACAUGUUACCAUUUAAAUUUCCGGGAAAGAUGUGGUAUCAUAUGAAACUAUUUCCUAAAGUAGCUGCCUAAACGUUUAUCUUGAACGUGUGUUGGAAGUGAGUUUCCAUUGUAGCCCUUGGAUUUUCUUCAGCCCAGAAGUGCAUAUUUCUAGAAUUGAACAUACCUUGUCUUGUAAAUGUGGCCUCGUCUGUAAACAGAAUGUUGCUUAAAAAAUUUGGUGCAGUUUGAACUUUAUUUUGCAAUACUUCACAAAAAUCAACUCUAAGUGGCAUAUCGUCAGGUAACAAUUCCUGCACCUGUCGAUAGUGGUAAGGAUGUAAGUGCUGUUCAUGCAGAACUCUUAAAACACUUUGAUGGGAAAUAUUCGUUCUUAAUCCUAACCUGCGUGUACUUAUUCUGGGGUCAUUUAUUACAGCAUCCAAUAUUUGCUGUUCAACGCGAACAUUUCUUGCUUCUCUACGACGACCAGCAUCUGUAUUCCUUCUUUGAAGACAACCGGUUUCUCUCAGUCGUCGUUCAGUACUUACAAAAGUCCUGGCAUUGGGAAUAUUUCUGUUCGGAUACUUUUCUCUGUAGCGUCUUACAGCGGCAGCAGCAUUUCCCGAACAUUCCCCUAAUACUAAAAGUAUGUCUGUCAUCUCAGAAUUUGAAUAGUGUGCCAUAUUGCGGGCAAACAAAUUAAAAAUAUAGCAAAAGAGACGUGUUAAACAAAUUUCACUGUCGAGUACAAUAAAAGUGUAGAUACAUAAAAUAAUUUAAUUGUUAUUAAACGUCACUGACAAUUCAUAGACUACUUGAGAUUAAAGUGUUGUUGCUAACACAAGUGUCAAUUCCAAAGCAUACUUGAUGAAUAUUAAGAAAUGUAACGAUUACAAUAAAAUACAUGUAUACCUUCGAGUUUAAAUACAUAAAUCGAAAACGGUGAUAUCUAUCGAAAUAUUACAAGAGCACCUUUUUUGCGUAGAAAAGUCUAAGGAAACAAUUUUUAAAAUAUUUUUUUAAAAUAUGUAAAAAUAAAAAACAUGUGAGGCAAUAACCCCCACUUACUUUCCAAAACUACCCUGUAUUAAUAUAGGAUGUGGUAGGUGGUGACAUGAAAUUAAUUAUCCUAAUGUCUUAUAAUCACUCCCAAAAUAUGAACUCCGUAUUCAAAACCGUUUGGAAGAUAUUUGAAAAAAUAAGAAUUUCAAUUCACCCCUUUAAAGGGUUGUAUCUCCCUUAUUAUUCAGUUUUAUAAAAAAGUGUACAUAAAGAAGUACCCUUAUUUUUGGACGUACUAUGAGCUCUAGAAAUUAAUGUACAUAAUUCUGGACCACCUUGUAUUUGUCAAAAGGGCAAUUUACAUUUACACUCUUCAUGUUUUGACAGCUUCCAUAAAUUGUAAUAUUAAGUUUCAUAGUUUUUUUAGAAAUAUGUAUUUUAUUUAGUUUUACUACUUUUGUACUUUUAAUUUUGAAAUAAAUCUCAAAAUCCAUAAAAGUGUACUUCAUUAAUUUCUUAACAGAUUCCGCCGUUGUAUUUUUUAAGAACACCCUGUAACCUAAAAAAAUGAUAUCCAAAUUUCUCUUUAAAACAUAAAUAACUAAUCCUAAUAUCAUUUUUAUAGAAAAUUACAAUUUCAUACCAUCACUUGGACCUUGCUAAAACGCAUAGCAUUUCCAACAAUAUUGGUCUCUGGCCCUAACACAUAAAUGAUCUAUGGCAAAAGCCUUUCAGCCAAUUUGUCUUUAAUUCUGCAUAAUAUUCAAAAGGAAAAUAUCCGAAAAAUUCUGCACAGUAGUGAUCCGUUUUUGCUCCAUUUCAUUUAUGACCUUGUACUUGGAACCUUCUUGAAGGUUCAAGUGCCUUAAAAUCCGUUGCGUAUUCUUAACCGACUACAAACCCUUACCUUACUUUACCCUACCAGCAGUGCUACACUAACGUGAAUCACAUUACUUUUACAUUACUAUGUCAACAAAAAGUAUCGCAUAAUUUUUGAAACAGAAAAAGGGUUUUUAAUUUUUAGCGGAAUGUUAUAAUACUCAAAUAAACUUUAACGUGAAGUAAAACUCCCUGGUGUAGUUGGUAUAUUUAAAUAUACCUACUGCACCAGGGAGUUUUCUCACCAGGGAAAGAUCAUUUCGCAGUUGUCUAGCUGUAACAUGGUGUGUACACAAAGCCUGCAGAUGUAAAUGACGUUCAUCUGUGGGGUUCGUGUACCUGCCUGGAACUGAGCUUCUUGUGUAUCCUUCACUUUCUCUUUACCUUCUUAAAGCUCUUAAAACGCCAUUCCCAUAACAUCACCAACAUAUUGCUGCGAUCGUCCAUCUCCAAUUAAACCUACAAUUUGGGCUGUUUUUUCUGACGUUAUAUUACUCAUUUUUUGUAAGAACGCACCUCAUCAUUAAAAACUCAAGCAGACGUAGUACAGAGAUCAAAUUCUCGAAAACAAAUGUCCAAAAUAAAUAUGAUUCAAUACCUUUUUUUUUACUUUUAUUCCGCAAAAAUAAGUUUCAACUUGAAAUAUUAUGGGUUUGUAGACACCCAAAGGAGACGAUAAACGAGUAUUAUAAUAUUCCGCUAAUAAUUAAAAUAUUUUUUUAAACUUUUUUUCUGUUUCAAAAAUUAUGCGAUACUUUUUGUGAUUAGUGUAUUUCGAUUAUUGAUGGACCAGUGUAGAAGUUAAAGUCAUUUCUAAUAAAUGAUAUUGUUAAUGAUACUUAUUCCUAAAGUACUAAGUACUAGAGGAAGUACUAAACUCCCCAAGAUAUUUUUAAAUUUCGAAAAUACGAGCAGCUUUUUUGGCUAUUGGACAUUUAAUCGUAUGUAAAACCUUAAAAUCAAAUGUAUUAUGUGAUCGAAAAUCCCUAGAUAGUCUUACUAAGUGUAUAUAUAAAUGCAAUCAUGGCUACUCUUUUUGAAAUAUUUCGUCUGAUCAUAAAUCGCUACCAAUUUUUAAAUAGUUCAGUAAAAUUGUAUUGUUUCUAUUUGUAACUACUACUUAAAAUUUCUUACGUAAACUCCAUACCAUGUAAAAUCUAAUGUAAUGUUGGGUUUAGCUCUCUUUUGUUUUCAUAAUUUAUUUUGUUUUUUUUUUUAUUAAGCAAUAUAUUGUUGCAAUGUUCUUGCAUUAUAUUUUUUCGUUACAGUCGUGAUCAAAAGCUGCUAGGGAUUUAAAAAUUCUUACGAUUAGACUUAAAUGUUAUUUUAUAUGUACAUACCAAUCAUUCAUUACUCCAAUAAAUCUUUUAAGUUCUAUUAAAAA